UAAUUCCAUCUUCCAAGUUGGAUGACAAUGUCAAUUUUGUCUCCAUGCCUGAUUCUACACUGUCUUUUUCAGAUUCCAUCAUGCCAGUACCAUCAGCACUUCACUCAAAACCCUCGUUUGUCUAAAGCCCUAAACCCCUUUCUCCAUUUUUCUUAAAACCCUACCAAGUUACUGGUAGUUCCGAUGGCGAUUUCAGUACUUCUUAAAGCUUUUACUCGCCGUGCUCAACUUCCAUGUUCUCUUUCUUCUUAUGAAUCUGUGUUUAGGAAUGUUAACAGCCCUACUAGUUCAUUACCGAGCAAAACGUUCACGAGUUUGGGUGGUAGAUCAUGCUGCUCAAAACCAGAUCACAGUUGUCCAGUUGCGCAGAACCAAACCAAGUCCAACCUAAGAAAGGUAGUUUUCAAGUAUGUAUGCGUGAAUGACGAGUCUCAAGAAGCCAGUAGGCCCGUCAAGCCCAUAAUUAGAAAGGUACUUGAAAUUCCCAGUGGUGUUACAUUCUUUGAAGACAUAGACGGAGAUGACGUGAACUGGUGCUACUUGAGGGAUUUUUUGCAGUCCUAUAUCGUGCGAUUAAGGAGGCUACAGAGUUAAUUAGCGGACAAACAGUAUCAGAGAUUCAUUGUGUAGAAGCUUCACAUUUCAAAGAACGUAUAAGAAGGAUGAUGAAUAGUGUGGCUGAUGCUUUUAAUGUAAACUGCACGAUUGGUAAUAUUGAGAAAACCGAAGACUCUUUUCCCAAUGGCAAAAUACUCAGACUUGAUCUUGAUGAUUUAUUUAAAAUUCGUGUGUGGG